AUGGAAAACGGAAAAGAUGGUGGAAAAAGCAGUGGGAAAAAUAAAAAAUGGAAAAAUUCCGUUGACGUAAAAUUACAAAUGGCGGAUCCAUAUUUUUUCUUUCUUACCGGAAUAAAUGAAAUACCCGAUACGUUGGAUGAAGAUUUAACAAUAACAUUCCCAGAAUUAUUAGAUAAAAGCUUAGGAAUUUUAGAUCAUAGUCUUCAUAUAAAUUUCAUGGUGGAAUUACCUUGGUUAAUGGCUCAAUAUGCAAUUAAUGAUUUAUUUAAUCCUUCGAUGACUAUUUUGUACGAUGUCCAAGAUGGAGAUCUCGCGAACAUUCCAGAACAUUUAAAUAUAAAAGCAAUAAAAAUUAAAUCGCCUUAUCCGUUUGGACAUCAUCACACAAAAAUGAGUAUUUUUUUUUAUACCGAUAGAAGUAUACGUUUUGCUAUUUAUACGGCUAAUCUAAUUGAAUCAGACUGGGAAGAUCGAACACAAGGAGUUUGGAUCAGUCCAAAAUGUCCAUAUUUAGGAGAUGAUGUACCAAUUAAUUAUGGCGAAUCUGAUACAUUGUUCAAAUUUGAAAUUUUACAAUAUUUAAUAUCGUAUAAAUUACCGGAAAUUCGAAAUUUACUUAUUAAAAUUCAAGAAACGGAUUGUUCUUUAAUUAAAGUUUUUUUCGUUUCUUCUGUGCCUGGUUCAGUAAUUGAUAAUUUCGGUUAUAUAAAACUUGGUAAAAUUAUCAAAGAGCACGCUGUUGAAAAUUCAGAAGACAAAGAAAGGAUAGUGAUACAAUGUUCAUCAAUAGGAUCACUCGGACCCGCACCUGAUUCUUGGUUACUCAACGAAUUCGUAAAAAGUACCUCCUCGAAGUUAUCAUCGCCUCAAGUUUCCAUUGUUUAUCCAUCCGUUAGAAAUGUUGCAUCAAGUAUUUAUGGACUUUCAGGAGGUGGUUGUUUACCAUAUUCUAGUGGUACUCAUAUCAAGCAACUUUGGUUGAAUAAAUAUCUAAUGCAAUGGUAUUGUGAACAUCGUAAACGUUCAAAAGCGGUUCCUCAUAUAAAAACAUAUGCAAGAAUAAAUGAAGAUAAAGAAGAAAUUUCUUGGUUUUUACUCACGAGUGCCAACCUAUCAAAAGCUGCUUGGGGAAAAAAAUUAAAAUCUGGAAUGUUGCAAAUAAUGUCAUACGAAGCAGGAGUACUUUUUUUACCUAAAUUAUUGAUAAAUAAAAAUGUGUUUAAAAUUAAAAAAUUUGGAUAUAAUUCCGGAAAUGAUGAUGAAUUUCCAAUACCGUACGAUAUCCCUUUGACUUCUUAUCAAGAAACUGAUCGUUUAUUUUUGUUCGAUAAAAAUUUUAAAUAA